AUGUCAUCAGCAUCAUUUCAAUGUAUUGAAGACCCAUUUCAUGUUUUACCAACAAAACCGAAUAAAUGUUGUCCACGACCGUCAAAAUGUGAUCCUUGCGGUGGGUCUUGCAUGCCAAUUUGUGGAACUUUAAAUCCAAAUUUAACAUGUCGACCAGGUGGAAGAGCUUGGGGACGUGCUUGUGGGCCUGUUUGUCUUGAGAAUAAUCAGUGGAAACAACCAACGUUGAAAUUAAAGAACUGUAAACCGAUAAAAAUUCGAGGACGAAAAUCUUGUUCACUUCCAUACGGAUUUGGAUUGUAUGCUCGGAAAUUGUAUCCAUACGGGAUUCCUUGCAAAGGAACUUUCUGUCUUCCGAUGCCAUCUUGUGACCAAUGCUUUUAUCCAAGUCUACCAACAAAACCGGCGAAAGUUUACAGCACUUACACAUUUAACGUUCGUGGGCCACCCUACACUUGUCCUCGACCUUGCAUUUCAUGUUAA